AAUACCUUCUCAAAACUUUCCAAUCUUAUUACAAGUUCAGAACAAAAAGAAACUAGACAUUCUUCUCAGUAUUAUCUUCUAAUGGCGGAUACACAUCGCGUCGAUCGUACUGAUAGGCACUUGCAAUUUCAGUCACCGUAUGAAGGUGGCAAAGUUGAUCUUCAGUAUGAAGGUGGUGCAGGCCGCUAUGGUGGCCGCGGCUACGGUGCCAGCCUUGGCGGUUAUGGCAAGAGCAUGAUGCCUGAACGUGGCCCAUCUAGCACCCAAGUAAUAUCCCUUUUGGUGGGAGUCCCUGUCGUCGGUUCGCUUCUUGCCUUAGCUGGUUUACUUCUAGCCGGUUCAGUGAUCGGUUUGCUGGUAGCUAUACCGCUUUUCCUUCUCUUCAGCCCGGUUAUAGUUCCAGCGGCUCUAACCAUCGGUCUUGCGGCGACUGGAUUCUUGGCCUCUGGAAUGUUUGGUCUAACCGGGCUUAGCUCAAUAUCAUGGGUCAUGAACUAUCUUCGUGGGACCAGGAGGACUGUGCCUGAGCAACUGGAGUAUGCUAAGAAUAAAAUGGCUGAUGCGGUUGGGUACGCUGGUCAGAAAGGCAAAGAAGUGGGCCAGCAAGUGAAGGAUAAGGCCCAUGAAGCUAAGCAAUAUGAUACUACUAAGGCCUAUGAUACUACUAAGGGCCACGAUACUACGAAGGCCCAUGAAGCCAAGAGGGAUACAGCAUAAUGAGAAUCGCGAAGUGUUGCUUAGUUGUAUUGUAAGCACGAAGAAUCACAAAGUGUUGUAGUAAUAUAUAAAUGUCCAAGAAUUCUCCAUCAUCCUAUGGCAUGAUCUUUAUAUAUAAGAUGUAAUCAAUAAAUUAUGUAAUACUUAAAUGUACACUUUUAGUAGUAUUUUUUUUUCAAUCUCAACUCAACGGUUCAGAGAUCCUUCCGAACCGGUUCACCGGUGGAGUUAGAAUUUACAUAAUAUAAAUAAUAAAAUAGUCUCAGAUCA